AUGGCUGCCGCUAGCGCAAACGCCAACGUCGACUCCAACGCCCUGCUCACCUUCUUCACCCAGAUGGACGAUCAGGGAGGUGUCAUUGUCAGAGAUACCCCAAAGCUAGAUCUAGAUCUGUACAUCCAGAACUACACAGGCCGUACCCGCUUUGAACGUCUCUUCCUCAUCGGCCGGACAUGCGUGCCCCUCUGUGUCGACGCCCUGAAGGCUGCAGUUGCCGAAGCGAAGAAGGGCCAAGAUACGCAGCGUUACCGCGAUGUCUUUGAGUUGAUUCACAUCGCCGCUCCCUCAGAGCCAGAAGCCACAUUCGACUCAUCAUGGAUCGAGCUCACGGAUAGGGCCAACAAUGCCAAAACGCACGCCCUUGAGAGCGAGUUGAAGGGCUAUAAGAUGAACCUGAUCAAGGAGAGCAUUCGGAUGGGCAACGAGGACCUGGGCCGUCAUUUUGAGAGCAUCGGCGACCUUAACAACGCUGGCGAGGCCUACAGCCGGAUGCGCCCAGACGUGAGCACAUCCAAGCACAUUAUCGACGUCGGCAAGCACCUCGUCAAUGUGACUCUGCAGCGUCGAGAGUGGCCCAUGGUCAUUGCCAACCUGAGCAAGAUCACCGGUGUCCAGAACGGUGACGAGGAAAAGGGCUUGCAACCCUACGUCAAGAUCGUCCAGGGCAUCGCCCUCAUGGGGCUCGAGAAGUUUGACGAGGCGGCCAAAAGCUUCCUGCAGACGGAUGCCGGCAAAGAGGGAGUGGACUACAGCAAUAUCGCGAGCCCCAACGAUGUGGCAGUGUACGGUGGCCUCCUGGCUCUGGCAACCAUGGACCGGAAGGAGCUCCAGGCUCGUGUCCUCGACAACCAAAACUUUAGAACGUUUUUGGAGCUGGAACCCCACAUCCGCAAGGCCAUUUCGCUCUUUGUGAAUGGCCGCUACUCGGCGUGCCUGGCCAUCCUCGAGGCGUAUCGCGCAGACUACCUCCUCGACAUCUACCUCCAGAAGCACGUCCCGACGCUCUACUCGCAGAUCCGGAGCAAGUGUAUAGUGCAGUACUUCAUCCCCUUCUCCUGCGUCACCUUGAGCAGCCUCGAAGACGCAUUUGCCGUUCCUGGCAAGCCACUCAUUGACGAGCUCGUCGCCAUGAUCCGGAGCGGGGUUUUGCAGGCCCGCAUCAACACAAUUGACAAGACGUUGGUCGCCGUGUCUCCGAACCCCCGAGCAACGUUGCAAAGGAUGGUCCUCGACACGAUUGAUGCCUACGAGCGGGACGCCACGGAGCGGAUCCGGCGUAUGAGCAUCAUUGCGGCGGAUAUGGAGGUCAAGAAUAUCCGCAAGGGUAAUGCCCAUGCCGGUGCGCAGGGCAUUGAUGAGCUCUGGUUUGAGCAGUCGAACCGGCCGACGGUGGCCGGCGGCGGGGGCGGCGACAACAUGAGCUGA